AUGGCUGCCAAUACGAAGUACCAGCCGGUUAACCGCGAAUCGUUCGAAGACGAGCCCUCCCAUUCCUACUCCCAAGCACCGCCUUCCUACCAAGCAGAACCUGUCGUCGGCGCCUCGCGCACAGAAGACGACAAUAUCCCAGAUGACUUCAAGUUCGGCGGCAGCGUCGCAGAGGCUACACUUCCGAUCCGCAUGCAGUUCAUUCGCAAGGUCUACGCUAUCUUGACCGUCCAGCUGCUUCUUACAACCGCACUCAGCGCCGUAUCUUUCUUCAGCACGCCGUACAAGAACUGGAUACAGACAAAUCAAUGGAUGAUGUGGGUCAGCCUUUUCGGCGCUAUCGGCUUCAUGCUCUUGACGUUCUGGAAGCGCAAGUCGUAUCCCAUGAAUCUUGCCUUCCUCGGCGUCUUCACCGGCCUCGAAGCGUACAGCAUCUCCGUUAUUACCAGCUUCUAUGACUCGCGCAUCGUCCUGCAAGCGCUCAUUUUCACCCUUGGCAUCUUCGUUGCGCUCACAAUCUUCGCUUGCCAAAGCAAGUACGACUUCACGAGUUGGAUGCCAUAUUUGUUUAGCGCGCUUUGGCUUCUGGUUAUCUUUGGUUUUAUGGCUGCUUUCUUCCCGUACUCCUCUGGAGUGGAGCUUGGUUACGGCAUCGUGGCUUCAUUGAUCUUCUCCGGCUACAUCUUGGUGGAUACACAACUCGUGAUGCGUCACUACCAUGUUGAGGAGGAGAUCGCAGCCGCAAUCAGCUUGUAUCUGGACGUGAUCAACCUCUUCCUCAGCAUCCUACGGAUAUUGAACAGCCAACAAAACAACUAG